AUGCCAUCAGGUCUGUCAACAACUGCAACUACAAGAACACCAUUGGAGAUGCCACCAACUCUGUCACCAGUUCUACCUAUACCUACAUGUACAACGACACUGUUGGAGAUAGCAUCAACUCUUCCAACACCACCAUUUGGAAUACCACCAACUGCAUUAACUAUCGAACUUAUACCAACAUCAUCUGGGUUGCCAACAACUCUGCCGCCAAGUCGACCAACACUCAAGCCUACAUCAACGCUGUUUGAGCAACCACCAACCGGACCACCAACUUUACUAUCACUCAAGCCUACAUCAAUAUCGUUUGAGCAACCACCAACCGGACCACCAGGGCCGCCAGGGCCACCAACUCUACCAACACUCAAACGUACACCAACACCAAUUGCGCAACCACCAAUCGGGCCACCAGGGCGAUCAGCUCUACCAAUACUUAAACGUACACCAACACCAAUUGCGCAACCACCAAUCGGGCCACCAGGGCGAUCAGCUCUACCAACACUCAAACUUACACCAACACCAAUUGCACAACCACCAAUCGGGCCACCAGGGCGAUCAGCUCUACCAAUACUCAAACUUACACCAACACAAUUUGUGCAACCACCAAUCGGGCCACUUGGGCGAUCAGCUCUACCAAUACUCAAACUUACCCCAACACCAAUUGCACAACCAUCAUGCGGGCCACCAGGAUCAUCAGCUUUACCAACACUAAAGCUACACCAACAUCGUUUAAUUAACAACCAACCUUAUCACCACCCUGACCAACUCCAACACUCCCUAGGUAACCACCAAACACUAAAGUAUUCAAAGGAGCAACAUCAACGGGACAUAGAUUAUUUGUCGUAUUGA